AUGUCACUCAACAAUACCCCCCGCCCAGCGCAGCUACAGCGAACGGAGAAGGUUCUAGCUUGUGUAAACUGCCAACACCGCAAAAAGAAAUGCGACAGAGCCAGCCCAUGUUCCUUAUGCAUCAAAACUGACGAAAAGCAACAGCUUGAUGUCCCCUGCACUCCCAGCACGCCCGCGCCUCGUCGAAAACGGCGGAAGAAAACGAGAGAAAUGAUAGACAGACUAGAGCGCUGUGAAGCUCUCUUGAUGCAAUGGGUUGCUUCCGAUGGGUGCACCCGAUCCGUCAGACAAUGGCUCUGCGACAACGACGAUGACAACGACAACAUCGGAGGCGGCAAGAGCAGAAUCAGCAGAGUUGCCAGGCUCGCCCACAACCACAGCUACCACAACAUCAACGUCAAGCCCGCCGCCAUGCUCUUACGCAAAUAUUCAGAAGCAUUUCAAGCCAUGCCCUGCGGCACAUAUAAUUAA